AUGCCUGCUAGAACGACUCAAAAUCCCUCGGCUCUCAUCGGAAACGUUCCAGUCCUUGAAGGGAACUUGGUCGGCUUUCCGGCGUGGCAAACCCGUCUCGAGGAGCUGUUUGCCAUCCAAAAGGUCCACGACAUCGUCACUGGCAAACUUCUCCGCCCUGAGACCGACUACAAAGAUAAAGACUCGAAGCCGGUUACUCAAGGAUCACAGCGAGUCUACUACGCCGAGGAGUUGGGGACAGACUGGGACUGCCUGUCCGAUGUGGCUCGAGCCACUUUGAAGAUGACUCUUUUGGUAGAUCUUGCGAUUCGUUACAAGGACUUGAAGCCCGUCAACACUCUCUUCAAGACGAUAUGUGAUGCCUACGAGAAAAACACCCGGGCUAGACGUAUGAUGCUACAGGAUUCGUUUUGGUGCGCUAGGCACGACCCCAACCAGCCUAUUGCGAAAUGGAUCGCCAAGAUUUGGAACGCUGCCUCCGAUCUAAAAUCGGUGAAACUGACACCGGCUGACCAAAAAUUUUGCAAUCGAUUGCUUCGAGGGCUGGACGACUCCUGGAAGCCAAUCAGAGAUCAUCUCGUGUACUCACCUAACGAGAUGUCUCUUGACGACGUGAUUGGCGCACUUGAAGCACACGAAGUAUCAAAGCAAGUGUCGUUCGAUCAUUCGUUGGAUACUUAUGCGGCUCCCGCGGUGGCACAGAAGAAGAAGCAAGGUUGUUGGACUUGCGGCCAAAUCGGACAUCACUUGUCCGCAUGCCCAAACGCUCCACUCAAGAACAAAUCAAAAGCAAAAGCCAAUGCGACUGAAGCUCGAGCGGGCGCAACGUCAGUGGCUUAUCUUGGAAACGGAGGUCCAAGCGAUGACGAAGACGAAGAGGACGACUUUGACCCGGAGAUUGACGUAGUUUGGGGAUGA